CAUCAUCCAGCAGCACAGGCGAACACAGCUCACUCCCCCACCCCACCCUCUCUCUCUCUCUCUCUCUCUCUCUCUCUCACACACACACACACACACACGCACACAAUAUAACACCGUCUCUCCCUGCAGCUGCAACACAUCCAGAGACCACAGAGCGACCAAGGAGAGACCACAGCAGCACCCGGACUUCAGACGCAGGCGCCUCAUCCACAGUCGCGCUCCACUCGCAGAGGGUCCCAGCAGGGGAGACGCCGCUACAGGGGAUCUACAGCCGGCAGAGGAGCACUUUUAACCACUUUCCUCUUUUCUUUUUUUUUCUUCUGCUCGUGCCACAAUGUCCGAAGUGCUGCCAUACAACGAAGGUAAAAUGAGCGGCUACGGGGCGGACAGUGAGGUCAGCCAGAUGUCCUUCAGCUGCGGGCUGCAGGACACGAGCGCCUUUUUCGCCGCGUCGCAGGCGAAGAGACCCCCGAAGCUGGGACAGAUCGGCCGAGCCAAGCGAGUGGUCAUCGAGGACGACCGGAUAGACGAGGUCCUGAAGGGGAUGACGGACAAGUCCUCACCGGGCGUUUAAACGUGAACGAUGCCUUGCAGACUUUUUUUAAUUUCGAUCAUCGAAUUUGAAGCAACUGUCGGCUGUGCAUGUUCUGAGGACUGCAGGAGAGGACGACGGCACGAGGCGAGGAUGGGAUGAUGAUGAUCAUCAUCAUCGUCGUGGACUAGAGUGAACACUGGGCGAAGAAGGGGGGCAAAGAGUGGAGACAGGAUGAGGAGCGGGGAAGAUGGAGAGAGGCGAAGAAGGGAUGAGGAGAGGAGGAAGAGAGAGAGAGAGAGAGAGAGAGAGAGAGACUCUAGAAAAGACCAAGAUGUAUCAUGGGAUUGCUGGCAAUUCUUCAAACGAAUCCCGAUUUUAACUCCUGCUGCGCAGCACGACGAUGAGAUGGCGGACGCCGCUCUGCAUCUCAGCCUCUGCUGACUUUAGUGAUGGAUGGACUUGUCAUUGCUUCACGAACCAUCUCCCCUUUCCCCAAAAAAGGCGCUGUAAGAAACAAAAAUACUGCAACUGGAGGCUGAAGCUAAAUCCCAGCCCCAUUUCAAUAAGUUGUACAGUAGGUAGGCUACGCUCUCAGACCCCCCCUCCUCUUUAGGCUUUGCUUUGUUGACUCAGUCGGCGGCGGUGCAUUCAAGGGAGCUGUCCUUUCAGCACCGGUCCGAUGCAUUCCUGUUGCUGCUAACGCUUUUAAAACACAGACCAACCAAACUCUCGAGUCUACUAAAUAGAGAAGACCCAUUGUAUGUACAAAAAAAAAACAACAAAAAAAAAUAUAUAUCCGAGGACGGUGCAAUGUUAAUAUUUUCUGUAGUAGAACCCCAUUUGUUGUUUUGGCCCCGUAAAGAGCAUUAGGCCACAGCAGAUUAAAACUGAACCACAGGCUACACCCUUCUUCUUCUUCUUCUUCUUCUUCUUCUUCUUCUUCUUCUUCUUCUUCUUCUUCUUCUUCUUGCAUCAGUGGUUAGAGGUGCACACACAGGCACCAUCCUGUAGCUGAUUUACACACACACACACACACACACACACACACACACACGCACACAUCUUUUCCCUCUGUUUCUCUCCUUUUGGUUUGGUUUUUUUCUCAAAUGCUCAGACAUCUACAGAGGCCAGCAGAGAUGUGGGGAUUAUAGUAAAUAAUUCAAAAUAAUAGUCAUGUAAUUGAUGGGAAGAAAAAUUUGUUCCAUGAUUUGGUUAUUUCUGAUUUUGCAAUUAUCCGUGUUUCGUCUUCUAUGGAUCUAGAGUUUUUCUCCAUCUAUUUGCAUGAACUUUCACUCCGGUGCCAACGCAGGUGCCACCACUCUUACCCUGGCACGCUUCUUUUUAACAAAAGUCAUAUUUGUAUUUUUAUAUCUAAAUAUUUGUUAUUUAAAUGAUAUGCUAAUCUAUCGUCUUACAAUUCAUCAACAAAAUAUUUCUACUUCAGAGAGGAUAUAUACAGAUGGAGACUAGGCUUCAUAGAGGCAAAUCAGAGAUUUUGGUGGACUGGUUUCAUUCUAUAUCAGAGGUCGGACGUUUUUUAAAGACUAACUGAAUGUGUCUGGGGUUUUUGCACACAUCAAUGUUAAACCAUUAUUAAGAAAUCGUAUACUGUGACUUGAGCUUCGUUGAUGAAUUUGUUAGAAAAUGGCAGUUUUAGAUAUAUAUUGCACUGUUUACGAGUAUCCUCAAAUAACACGUUGUUAUUUGACCGAUUUUUGGACAUUACAGUUUUUGUUUUUUUAAUUUUGUUUAUUUUGUACCAUUAUUUUAAAGAAACUGGAUAUGGUUUGUUGUGCAUGAAACCUUAAUAUUUUCAAUAAUGAAACAUCGUUUUAUGAAGCAAAAAAGCAACAAAAUGUCAUGACAUUCUAAGAAUGAGUCAUUGUAUAUUAUGAUGCCAUUUUCACUGUAUUUGGUGAAUUAAUAAAUGGUGAAAGAAAA